AUGAAUUUCAAAAUUUUCAUUUCCCGCCCCCCAAUUCAAAAACCCCAAUUAGAUACACAGAAUCUUUACACACACACAUUCAACUUAUCAAUGGCGGUUGAAGAACAAAUACUAACAAUAAAAAAAAUAGCUAAAAUUCUGGACGAAGUGAAAGCAUCACGUGCCUCGCACAUUCGCAAACUCAAAGAACUAUCCGCCCUUCGAUCUUCGGUUCCUGUUUCGCAAUUUGUCGCUGCGUUUUCCAAAACCCUAACUCCGGUGUUCACAACGCAGCGCCGUAUCGCUUCCGUUGAGCGGAUCGUUCAGUUUGUUGCUGUUUUUGUUUGUUUCCGUGGUCCGAAUUGUUCCGAGGAUUAUGAUGUGUUUUUUGAACAGUUUCUCCGGUUUCUUAUCGCCGGGACGGUUGCCGCGAAUAGAACUGCUAGGUUUAGAUCUUGCCAGAUCAUUUCUGAGAUUAUUAUGCGAUUGCCUGACGAUGCAGAAGUCGGUGAUGAGUUAUGGGAUGAGGCGAUUGACUGCCUUAAGGUGCGGGUGGGUGAUAAGGUUCCGCUAAUACGUACAUUUUCAGUCAGGGCUUUAUCUCGUUUUGCAAAUGAUUCAGAGAACAGUGACAUUCUUGAACUAUUACUUGAAACACUGCCUUCAGAACAGAAUCCGGAUGUGCGAAAAACCAUACUUCUGUCUUUACCGCCUUCUAAUGAAACGUCCACUGCGAUCAUUAAUUGCACUUUGGAUGUGAGUGAAUCUGUUCGCAAAGCAGCUUAUAGUGUUUUAGCCAGUAAAUUCCCACUUCAGAGUCUCAGCAUUAAGCAGAGGACGAUCGUACUCCAAAGGGGUCUGGCUGAUCGAUCUGUGGCUGUGACCAAGGAAUGUCUUAGAUUAAUGAAAGAUGAGUGGCUUAUGAAGUCAUGCAAUGGAGAUCCAAUAGUGCUCCUCAAAUAUCUCGAUGUUGAAACAUAUGAAUCAAUUGGGGUGUCUGUCAUGGAAGCUCUUUUAAAGGCUGGACUGGUGAAGUUGCAUGCUGGUCAAAGCAUCAAGCAGUUCUUAUCAUCAGACUCUAAUACAACUGAUGGGUCCUGUGCCCAACAAAUGGAUGCAGAGGUAGCUUUGUACUUGAGGAUUUUAUGCAAGCAUCUACAGACAGAGGCACAGGCAAAGGGCACUGAUGCAGCUAUGACAUCUGGCACUGAAGCUGCUGUUUAUGCAUCAGAAGCUUCAGAUAGUAACGAUCUUUUGGAAAAGAUUCUUCCUGAAUCUGUUUCAGAGUACAUCGAUUUGAUUAAAACUCAUAUUCUUGCUGGACAAAGCAAUCGGUAUAUAGCUCGACAACUUCUUUUACUUGCGUCUAUGCUUGAUUUCUCUGAUGCUACAAACAGGAAGGUAGCAGCAGUGUUUGUGUUAGAAUUGCUAAACAGUCCUCUUCACCAUGAGGUAGACGAUGAUGGGAACAAAGUCGUUAUAGGGGAUGGCAUUAGUCUUGGAGGUGAGCCAGACUGGGCUGAAGCAGUGUCUGGGUUGGCCAAAAAGGUACAUGCCACUCAGGGAGAAUUUGAAGAAGUUGUGUUAGGAGUUAUAGCGGAGCUAGCUGGACCCUGCAGAGAAAGAACAGCUGACUUCUUGGAUUGGAUGCAUUGUCUUUCCGUCAUUGGUCUUCUUUUGGAACACACAAAGUCCUUGCGUUGGAUGCAAGGAAAGUCUAUUGAACCUGCCGAAAUUGUACACUCUUUAUUGCUUCCGGGGUCCAAACACAUCCACUUAGAUGUUCAGAGAGCGGCUAUCAGGUGUUUAGGUCUUUUUGGGUUGCUGGAGAGACAUUUGAGCGAAGAUUUAAUAAAGCAGUUGAGGGUGUCCUUUGUUAAGGGACCUUCUCUAGUUAGUAGCAUGGCUAGUAAAUCUUUGAUGGAUCUUGCCAUGUGGCAUGGGCCCCAGGAAGUUGACAAAGCUAUGAACCGCAAUCUCACUUCACAGUUUCGAGAUCAUGAAAAGAUGGUUCAUCCUGUUGAUUGGACUGAUACAAAUGAGGAUUUAGACAUAGAAGUAAUCGAUCUACUGUAUGCAGGGUUUGACCGAAUUGAUUUCAGUAUACCGGAUGCUAAUGAAAAUGAGUCGGUUCAUGCAGUUUUAGCAGAGGGCUUUGCAAAGAUUCUACUUUUGAGUGAGAACUACCCAAGCAUCUCUGUUUCUUCACAUCCUAUAAUCUUGAGCAAGCUCAUUAACCUUUAUUUCAGUAGCAGAACUGUUGACUUCCAAAGGUUAAAGCAGUGUCUGUCUGUCUUCUUUGAGCAUUUUCCAUCCCUCUCGGUGAAUCACAAGAAAUGUAUAAGCAAGGCAUUCCUUCCAGUCAUGCGAUCAAUGUGGCCUGGCAUCAAUGGUACUGCAGGGGGAUCAAGUGUGAUGGUAUCCAAUAUGCGCAAGCGCGCUAUCCAGGCUUCUCGUUUCAUGUUGCAGAUGUUACAGGCUCCACUUUAUCCAAAGGAGAUUGACCAGGUGGACGGAAAUGUCAUUGAUUCUCCAAACGACUUUCUAAGUGGAGAAGAAGGACUUGCUAUAUGUAUUGCAGCCGAGGUCUUGAGUUUUCAGAAGAAAAAAAAUGCUGCAGAGAAAUCCUAUUUAUCAGCCAUUUCCAAAAUUCUUGUAUUGCUUUGUUUUCGCCAGACAGAACAAGAGGCCAUAAAGUUAAUGAGGAGGAUUUUGAAUCGUGUUUCUGAAGCUGUAUCAGCAGAGAAGGAACUUGUAAAAGAGAUCAAGCAAAUGGCUAAUCGUCUUAAGACAUCUGAUAGCUCUCCUGAUGAACCGUUACCAUCAGACCAAGCCAAGCUUUUGUUAGAAAAGUUGGAUCUACAACUAAGUAUUGAUGAUGACGAGUGUGCUCCUGAAGUGGACCCCACACCAGUGCCAAGGUCUACAAGGCCACCUCGUGGAAAGAGACGCACUAGGAAAGAAUCUUCUUCUGAUGAAGACGAGGAAGAUGAAGAUGAAAUAUUACUCAACACUGCUGUUCCUGCUAAUCCUGUUGCAAUGAGCGUUCGAUCACAAAGGGCAAGUAAGUCUGCUGCAUUGUCAAAAUUGCUUUCUACCACUAAACCUGCCAAGAUUGAUGACGACGAUGAAGAUGGUGAAGAAGAUGAAGAUGAAGAUAAUGAAUCAGAUGUUACAUCUGACGAUGACUCUAAUUAGUCUAUUUGAAUUUGCUAUUUUGCUGUUGUGAUCUCUGUGCUUGAGAUAUUAAUUAUGUAUAUGGGCAAAUUAGUAUGUUUGCAUCCUAUCUAUUUUAUCAAACCUCUGGAAUUAUUUUUAGAUAAACACCUUACAUACUCUCGUUGUGAAGUGGAAAUUAUGAAUAUUAUUGUACCUCAGAAAGAUGUUUUA